AUGCUGGAAUCUGUGAAGAAGUAUGUUGGAGAGGUGCUGAGCAGUGACCCUCGAAAGAGGGACUUCGGAGAUCUAGAAGAGGUGAAAAGGAGAAGACAGAGGCAGAGCCCCAUGGGUCAAAGAAAUAGAGUGAAGUUGGGGGGUAGAAGUAGGAUCAAGACACAUGCUAACUUUGCUGGCAAUGGUAGCAGACGGAUGCCCAGAAAAGAGCGGAUGAUACGAUACAGUGAGGGCGCGGGAGCGAAUGCGAGGAUUAGGGAACCCGCAGGUGGCCUAAAGGCCGUCUGGAAGUCCCUGAAGACUUUCUUCUCCAGUGAGGACCAGGACCUGGGCCUCAUGCAGAAAGCUUGCACCAAUCUUGACUCCAUGGUGUCACCGAGCAAGCGGCUGUCAGGAGCCGAGGAAAGGAGGCAGUUGAAGGAAAGAAUCGCCAGGAGCGAGGCAUUCAAGAGGAAAGUGCUGCAAGUGAAGUACGACAGCGAAAUGCUCAAGGAGCUUCGAGUCGGCAGGUCUCGACAGAGAGCCGACGAGACCGCCGCACAUAACCUCAGCGACGACCAAGUUACUCUGCUGCAGAAGAAGAUCGCCCACCUAGAAAGCGAGCUCAAGAACUCGCGGGAAGACCUUCGAAUAACCCAGAAGAGACUGAAAUUCGCUAACGAGAAGAACGCUUUGCUAGAGUCCCUGCUGGACGACGCAAACAUAGACAGAGAAUACGUCAAGUCUAGAAGAGAUAUCAAGAACAUACAACGGGACAACCUGAUACCGGAAAGCGAGCUACCGCCCUCGCCAAGACGCGCGGUGAACCCACUGUACACCUCGAGCCCGAUGCGUAACGGGUCGAAAGAUGAGUCCGCUGCCGCCACAGACUUCUACAGCAAGUAUCCCAAGAUCCCUGAAACUGAAGCACUCGCCAAGAACCAAAAGAACGACUCUCUAUCGCCCAUUAGAAUCGACUAUUCCAAGUAUUCUAUGUGA